UCACGUGGAGACGGUAUAGUCCACCUCGGUUCUGUCCAAACAGUACGUGAGCGUUUAGCAGUCUGUCUGUUGGAGCGCCGCUCGGUGCUAAGCUGAUUCAUGUGUGUUUUUUAGCCACCCGUCCCUUUAAACUAGCCUAUUUUAUCGAAGAAUGAGUGAUAACGAUGAUAUCGAAGUCGAUAGUGACGAAGACUCACCGAGAUAUCACAAUGUGGCAGACAAACGGGCACACCACAAUGCGCUGGAGCGCAAACGUAGGGACCACAUCAAAGACAGCUUUCACAGUCUCCGGGACUCGGUACCCGCCCUGCAGGGAGAAAAGGUUGGUAAAGCUCAGCCUGCAGGUCCCCCAGGCACACAAAUGGCUCAUCAGUCUACCAAACAGGCGUCUCGAGCUCAAAUCCUAGACAAAGCCACAGAGUACAUCCAGUACAUGAGGCGAAAAAACCACACACACCAGCAGGACAUCGACGACCUGAAGAGGCAGAAUGCACUGCUGGAACAGCAAGUCCGUGCUCUGGAGAAGGUGAAGGGCACCACCCAGCUCCAGGCCAGCUACUCGUCUUCUGACAGCAGCCUUUACACCAACCCCAAAGGCAGCGCCGUGUCUGCGUUCGACGGGGGUUCCGACUCGAGCUCCGAGUCGGAAGCAGAGGAGCCGCCAAACAGGAAGAAGCUGCGCGUGGAAGCCAGCUAGAGAGCGGAGCAGUUUUAAAACCUGGCCGAGGCAGCGGGGUAAAAGGGAGGGCGAGAGGAAACGCAGCCUUCAAAGCUCUCGAGGCUCAUCGAUUCCCACCCCCCCACCUCAUGCCAGCAACAACCACCCCCCAGCCUCCCUCACUGCUCCCUCCUCGUUCUCUCGCCUCCAUCCCUGGGUGGGCUCGCAGUGGAGACUCAUGACUCCUCGAACAUCCACACACACCGCCGCCACAAUCAUCUCUCCUCCCACCCAGUCCCCAAGAACAGGAGGGAGGAAGUCAGAAGUCAGCAGGGUGGAAGAUGACUGCGUCUGUCCAGAGAGCUUCAGGUCCCCCCCCCCCAUAUCCCUCUCUUCCUCUCUUUUCUUUGGUUAUCAGUCAUUGGUUUCCCCACCUCAGCAACGCCAACAAUCCAAAACCCAAAAAGAGGCAGCUUGGCUAUCUAAGGACUUGAUGCUUUUUUAGUACCCUCAAUAAAGCCCCUCCUCCUCCCGGGUUGUUUUUGGGAGGGCGAGUGUGCGGGGCGUACUCCUCCAAGCACUGCUAUAUUAUAUAUAUUUGUGUUUUAUUUUGUUAUUCUUGAUAAAAACCUGUUUAGAAUUUACACACACAUACCUAGAUGAAUCGUGCUGGAAAAGUUUACCUUUUUAAAAUAAAACAUUUGUAGCUUACUUUUUCCACUCAAGAAUGUGAAGACGCUUUGAAGCUAAUGUUAAAGUGACCCACCUCAGGCCCACUGGAUUGCAGAUGUUUUCUGCCUGACACGUUUAUUAACACAAGAUUUAAAAAAAAAAAAAAAGAACAACAUAGCUCCUUUGUUGAAAUUGAUGUUUUGAAGGAUAUUCCUGAGCUUGUACCGUAUUUCGUCCUUUAGCUUGAAGUAGUGAAUGACUUUAGGUGGCUGAAUACGUUCGGCGUCUCGUUUUAUAUAUUAUAAAAAGCAUUGAUUGGAUGUCUUCAACUUCAAAAGUAUGUUAUGCAUUUUGUUGUAAUCUCACAAGUCAUGGGAAAAUGCCAAUUUAUCAUAUGUAGUUUUCCUUAAGGGUAUGAAAUAGGUAUUGAAUGUCAAAGGUAGCUCCCGUCUUUUGCAGUACAAGAAAGCAAAUUAAGUCCCCGUCGAUGUUGUGCUUUACACAGUAAAAACCAAUGUUGCUAAAUCCCCCACGGAAAAAAGGAAGCAUUUUGCGUGUCUAGGAAAUGUGUGUGUGUGUAUGUAUAUUGUUUCCAUUUGAUUUCCAUUUAGGAGGAUAUAAUUAGUGUAAUAGGUCUUUGUUUGUCCGAUUCCAUUCCAUGGAAAUUACAAGUAUGUUGUACAUACUGCCAACAAUUGUCUUGCAAGUUGAGGCCUACCUUUACUAUGAGACUAUAAAAUAAACUAUUUUAUCCUUUAA